AUGACGAAAAAUUUGACUACAAUAGCAGCAGAUCAAACAGCUACAAACAGUCAAUCAAGCCUAGAUCCUACAAAUCCUUUAUACAUGCAUCCAACUGAAAGUGCUAGAUCAACCUUGCUUCCUGUGAAAUUUGAUGGAACAGGAUAUCAAUCAUGGAGAAAAGGUGUGCUUCGAGAACUAUCAGUAAAGAAUAAGGCUGGUUUCAUCAAUGAAAAGUCUAAGAAACCUGAACCAGAUUCAGAAACCUUUGCACAAUGGGAAAAAUGUGAUGACAUGGUAACAUCAUGGAUGUUGAAUUCUCUAUCACCAGAACUGAUGGACAAACUUCAAUAUAUGAACAAUGCUAAAGAACUCUGGGAGGAACUUGAGGACAGAUAUGACCAGACUACUGGUGCAAAACUGUACCAAUUACAAAAAGAAAUAAAUGAGUUCAAUCAAGGGACACUUGAUAUCACUGGUUAUGGUUAUUAUACAAAAGUAAGAAAACAUUAG